AUGGUAUAUUUUAUGUUUUUGAUGAUGGUUUGUUUAGUGCUAGGUUUAAUAGGAGUAGCGUCCAAUCCUUCACCUUAUUAUGCUGCGUUAGGGUUGGUUAUGGCUGCUGGGAUAGGGUGUGGUCUGUUGGUAGGACACGGUGGGUCUUUUUUAUCAUUAGUUUUGUUCUUAAUUUAUUUGGGGGGAAUGUUGGUGGUGUUUGCUUAUACGGCAGCUCUUGCUGCUGAGCCAUAUCCUGAGUCAUGGGGUAAUUGAUCUGUUUUGUUGUAUGUUGGUUUUUAUUUAGUAAUGUUAUUUUUUGUUGGUAAUUAUUUUAUGGUAGAGUGAUUUGAGUUGGAUUGGUCAGGGGUAGAGGAGUUGAGCAAUAUGGAGAUAACUCGUGGGGAUUUUGUGGGGGUGGCUUUGCUUUAUGAGGAUGGGGGGUGGUUGUUAGUUUUAAGUGGGUGGGUGUUAUUAUUGACUUUGUUUGUGGUGUUGGAGUUGACUCGGGGUCUAGCAUGAGGGACAUUACGUGUGGUUAGG